AUGAAAGUUUUAGUAGUAUCUCUUAUUGGUAACUGUUUGUAUUUGUUACGUAUAGGUGGAGCAAGUGGUUUCAUUGGCUCGGCUCUGCGUAGGAGUCUGCAAAGAAAAGGGCACGAAGUUAUCUCGGUAUCAAGAAGACCGGCACCAUCAACUGUCACAUGGGAUCAAAUAAGAGUGACUGGGUUGCCAGAGUGUGAUGCUAUAGUCAAUCUUGCUGGAGAGCCUAUUAUGGGUGCAAGUAUGAGAAGGUGGAAUUCUCAGUUUGAGGCUGAUCUUGUCUCAAGCCGCAUAGUGACUAACAAAACGCUGGUAGAAGCUAUUUCUAAAUCAAGUCAGCCACCGAAAGUCUUUGUAUCAUCAUCAGCUAUUGGAUAUUACACACUCAAUAACACAACACAGUACGACGAAGACAGCAUUUGUUCUAACUCGUCGUUCAGCCACAAACUUUGCUGCGAUUGGGAGGAGAGUGCCAAAUUGCCCAGUCAAUCUGGAGUUCGUCUAGUCACCAUACGCAUCGGGCUCGUUAUGGGAAAAAGCGGUGGAACAUUUGCAAAUUUAAAAUGGCCGUUUAUGUUUGGUUUGGGAGGCACCAUCGGUUCGGGUCGUCAACUCAUGCCGUGGGUGCAUCUCGACGACACAGUGGGAAUCUACGAACACGCCAUUGAGAACGAAACCGUUCAUGGCAUUCUUAAUGCCAUUGCUCCGGGGAUAGUAACGAAUUACGAAUUGACCAAAGCACUCGGAAGAGCGAUGCACAGACCAACGGUGUUUGGAGUUCCGUCGUUCGUUAUUCGAAUGAUGCUCCACCGAGAAAGAGCCAUGAUGUUGUUGGAAGGGACUAAUGUGGUUCCAAGAAGAACGAUUGAGUCAGGGUAUGAGUUCAAGUACCCGGAUAUCGAAUCGGCUACAGCAGAGUUGGUUCAGUAGAGAGUAUUGUAAGUUUUAUUUAUGCUGACUCUGUGUUGGUACUUGUAAUUGAUCGAUAGUGUGGUAGCCAGGUAGGCUUAGCUCUUAGUCACGUGAUUUAGUAGCACACAGUACAUCUAGUUGACUUUGAUAGUUGCAUGUAAAUGGAAAAUGGAAAAUG